AUGUCUUAUGCAGUGCUGCAGGUGUGCUCUAUUGACCUCCUUAAAGGCAGAAAAGGACAAAAUCGACUGGAGCAUCACACACAUUAUUAUGAGAGCGAUCACCUCAUCAUCCGUAGAGGACAGUGUUUCCAGAUAUGGGUUGAGCUGACACGAGCUUUUAUUCCGAAUAGAGACAAACUUCAUCUGGAGCUGAUACUUGGUGAUAUCCCAUCCAUCCGAGACGGCACUCAUGUGGUCGUUCCAAUAGUGGAAGAAUUCAAGAAAGACUGCUGGGGGGCAAAGAUUGUUGAAAAGGGCCAAAACCGAAUCAAACUGUGUGUGCAAUCUGUUCCGACUGCUUGCGUUGGACGAUACCAACUCAGUGUCGUGACUCACUGUACAGGAGGAAGAUUCACUUCACCAUGUGUUCCUGAAAAUGACGUUUACAUGCUGUUCAACCCCUGGUGUAAAGAUGACUAUGUGUACUUGGAUAACGACUCGGAGAGAGUUGAGUAUGUGCUGAACGACAUGGGCAGAAUCUACUAUGGAACUAAACAGCAGAUUGGCUGCAGGACAUGGAACUUUGGUCAAUUUGAGGAGGGAGUCUUGGCUGCAUGUAUGUAUGUGUUGGAGAAGAGUUGUACCCCUUGCUCAGGAUGGAGAAGCCCCAUCAACAUCUCCAGAGUGGUGUCGGACAUGGUUAUUGCCAACAAAGACUGUGGUGUGUUGGUGGGUAACUGGUCAAACUGCUAUGGAGACGGAACUGCUCCUACUUCCUGGUGCAGCAGCAGCGCCAUCCAGAAACAGUUCCACAAAUGUGGAGGAAUACCUGUCAAAUAUGGACAGAGCUUGGCCUUCGCUGGAGUCACCAACACACUGUUGAGAUGUUUGGGCAUUCCUGUUCGUCCGGUCACAAACUUCUGUUCUGCUCAUGACACUGACGUUUGUUUGACAAGGGACGUCUAUUUUGAUGAGAAAUUUCAGCUGAUUGAUUACAUGAACCGUGAUUCAAUCUGGAACUAUCACGUGUGGAAUGAGGCCUGGAUGGCUCGUCCCGACCUGCCAUCUGGUUUUGGAGGUUGGCAGGUGGUUGACUCCACUCCUCAACUGACCAGCCAGGGCUUCUUCCGCUGCGGCCCAACAUCUGUUGCUGCGAUCCGCAGUGGACAGACCUUCCUGAAGCACGACGUGCCCUUCCUUUUCGCAGAAGUGCGUUAAUU